GAGUGAUCUAAAGAAAAGAUAUUUCACAAAUUUAUCUACUGAUUGGAAGAGGAUCUAUGAGCUUGAUAAGAGAGUUCCUCCAUUUAAUUGGAUGACUCUCAUUAUCGAGUGGGAGGGUGAGAAGAAGAAAAUAUGUGAAACGGCAUCGGCGAAUCGUAGAUCAAAGCUAUACGAUCACUUUUUAGGAGCUACUUCUUAUGCUCAGAUCGAGCAUAAGUAUUUGAGCGAAAACCCGGACGCUUUGACUAUGCCCCCGACUCUUCUGGCUAAAAGAGCUUAUACACCACCCCAGGGCUAUGAAAAUGUAGAGGGAAAUGACAAAAAGGUGGAGAAAAUUAAUGAAUUGAACGCGGCGCUGGAAGCUUCUCAAAACGAUGUCUUCACCCGUGUCACGCAGUCUCGAAGUACAGAGGACACUCCUGUAGAGCCUAACCGCAUGACCAGAGACGAGUGGAUGGAAGUUGUCGACGGAGCUUACGGUUUACACUCAAGAAAGAAAGGAAGAGUGCCUCUGUCAAGUACUAGAGUUAAGACACUCACCACCACCAAUAAGCCUAGCAGCCAAUCUGUGACAUCGACGCGACACAGUGACACGUCAUAUGUCGUAGGUAAGAUUGGAAAAUACUUAAUGAAGAAUGUUGAAAUUCCAUUGGCUUUAAGUUUUCUUCCCACUAUUAAGCACGAGUUAAGUGGUGCACAAACGACUUGGGAUGUCGUUCAGCGACUCAUCGAUUCUCAACCCGUAAAGGACUUGCUUCCGCAGUCUAUAUACGCGGAUAUUAUGGUGUUGGCAUUUGAUGAGCAUGCAGCUGCAAGUGGUGGAGAGGCUAGAGGAGGUACCGUCGUAGGAAGCAGCAGUACGGUACGACAUCCUAAUGCAGCCGCCACCGAUGAUAGGGAUCACGACGAUAGGGACCACGACUAUGAUGAGUGAGUGAUGAGUUAGACUUUUUGGUAACUUUUGUGGACUUUUGGAUUGUGUUAAACAUAUUAUGACCUCCUGAUUAUGUGAACUUUUGGAUUGUGUUGAACAUAUUAUGACCUCCUGAUUAUGUAUAUAUGUGAAUUGUUAAAUGUUAAUAUUGUUGGAUGUGAAUCGAUGAAUGUAAAUGUUAGUAUUGUUGGAUGUGAA